UGUCCGCUGCUGAACUGACAGAUAUACCAUUACUUAACUGAUGUAUGCAUUUUUUUUUAUAUGAUGCAAUUUACAGUUUUGCCUGUUUAUUCAGCUGGAUACUAGACUAGAAUUUAACUCAAAUACCUCAAGGGCAGAACAUCUGUACCCCACCCCUGUCACUAACUUAUCUGGAGCCAAAAGUCUUCAUGGUCGUAGAAAACCUUGAAAAGAAUUGUUCUCCACGUAGAUAAAUAACUUUUAACAAGCAUAAGCUUGGGUUGUUUUAAUGAAUUCUUUAUGUGAUGUGUGGUGUUGUGUUCUCCAUUGAUCUCCUUACUUCUCUUUCAUGUAGUAACUGCAUCUUGAGGUCAAGCCUGAAAACGCAGGAUUUUUUUUUGGUGGCGAAGGGGGGGGGGGGGGUGAUGUUAGGGGUCAUGCCCCUCCUCUCACCAACAAUCACUUAUUAGUGAUAUAAAGCAGAGUUUUCUCCAGGUAGCGGGGGAUUGUGUGGUCAUGAGCGAUGACUGAAGACUUUGAGGUGUAAUGAAAGUUCGCAAUUCCAUCUCCCAGAUUUUCUGCGUCUGCUUGUCCUCUCUUAGAGGCGAAAUGGCAGUUUUAGGUGUUUUGCUUUCCAAGUCUGUUAAUUUUGGUGCUCUUUAAUGAAGUCCCUCGUUCCACCAUCUAAAUCCCCAUGUCACAAGGCUCUGUUCAAUGUCCCAGCGGAAGCAAAUGUUUUAUAAGCGCAAUAUGCAGAAACAAUUGCCUUCAUUACUAGAGUCACAGCAUGUAGCUUCUUAGCACGUUGAGCACCAAAUGCAUUGACUCUAAAUACUGGCAGCACAGGUUCAGGGAACAGGACAGAAGGCGGCUGGGACGGACCAGGGACGGAUUACGGACCGGGCCAGCGGGGCCGCUGCCCAGGGGCCCUUGGGGUGCAGGGGGCGCGUGGGGCCCCUAGCCCAAAACAAUUUGCAACGCUUAUCAACAAUGUAUUUUUGUUUGUCUAUUUUAGAGGGCCUACAUUCUUUGAUCCUCUGCCUACAAGGGCCCCUGACCCUAUAGGGAGGGCGUUUGGCUGCCAAGGGCCCUUGAAUUGUGGUGGUUGUGGUGGUGGUGCUAGUGGGGGGCGCCCUCGCGAACGUUUUGCCCAGGGGCCCAUACAACCCAUAAUCCGUCCCUGGGAUGGUCGGCCAGUCGUUUCACGGCUCAUUCUCGCUGGCACAGGGCAGCUUAAAGAUAACUGUCCACUUCUUUGGAAACUGGAGAGACAUGUAGACGAUGGGAGGAAAUGCAAACUCCACACACAAAGCCAGGCGUGAGAUUAAAAUACUCAGCAUUGGAGGUGUGAAGACACAUUGCUGCCCCAGUCAUCAUCAUACAUCCUUCCAUCUUCUAUCCGCUCAGUCGUGUUAUGGCCGCAGGGGGUCUGGAGCUCACCCCAGGUAGCACGGAGAACACAGUGAGGAUAAACUCUGGGCAGCAGGCAUGUGCAUAGGGGGUGGCUGGGGGGCCCUGAGCACCUGCCCGUAUCGCCAAAACUAUUUAAUGUGAGAGGCCCCUUUUUAAACUUGAAGCACCUGUCUCUCAAAUAGUCUGUGCGCAGUCCUGCUGGACAGGAUGCCAGUCUCAAUAAUGUAACUGGGAAACUCUUUUGGGGAUGAUGGUUUGUUGGUAAUUAAACACACUUUUUUUUGUUAAAUUUUGUUUAAAAAAAAAAAUAAUAAAAAUUGAGUCACUUCAGGUUUUUGUGUGAGUGGGGUUCAGUAACCUUUGCAUGUAUCUUUACCCAAAGAGCCACCUACUGGGAUCUGGCUUUGAGGGAAACAAACCACUGGAUUUCAGCCAAUGACACGAUCAGGUUGUGCUUAUUGUGUGAUUACUGACUGUGUACCUCAAAAGGUUCCCCAGUAUUCUCAGUGUAUUGACUAAGGAUCUACUAUAGUGAAUUUGCAAUGCUGACGCAUUGUGAGUUUUUCUGUUGUACUCAUAUCAUCAUUCAUUGGCAGCGUGUUUUAAAAAAAGCACUUUGCAAGUGGCCUAACGGUUAGGGAAGUGUGUUUGUGGUUGGAAGGUUGCUGGUUAAAAUCAGCAGCUCUGCAAAUUACUGCCCCCAAGCACUGCUCCCUGCGUGCUAAUAAGUAGCUGUCCACUGUUAUGUCAUGUAUGGGUUAAAUGCAGAGGACACAUUUUACUGUGGUGUUUCAACAAUGUUAGCUUUUCACUUUUGGAAGAAUGAAACAAUGGAGUUAUGGUCUCAAAGGAAGUCAAGAGUGUAAUACAAUUUCUGUUACUGAGCAUCAUUUGCGUCUCUACAGCUAAAAACAAGUAUCGUAAAACACUGAUGGUGCCGGUGAAGGUGGCAAUUACAGGGCAUUUAGUUAGUGCAAACACAUGGUCUGCUUGAGUAGCUGCUAUUAUUAGAUAGGCACUAUCCUGUGAUCAAGAAGUAGUAAUGUUAAGGAAAACACCCUACGCAGGGGCACGGGGCAUGGCGUAAUGCGGUUUUAAGAUGCUUUCUUGAAAUAGUCGCGUAAACAGAAAACUUUCACAUCAACGAUCAGCAGUGUCCAUGGCCGCGACUCCGUCGUCACAGUGACGGCACCAGCCUGAUGCUCUUACGCAGCCCCCCGUGCUCAGAUUGCGUAGUGGAGAGCCGGGGUACGGCGCUGGGUGCACGGAGACGGGGAUGCUCCAGUAAACAUCUCAAGGAGUACGAUCACUAAAGGGGAUUUAAUGUUGUAGUAACUGAAGAAAGGAGGGAACUCUUCACGCAACCUGACAAAAGAGAAGCGCACAAUGAAUGACGUUAAACUGGCAGUCCUGGGAAGCGAAAGGGUCGGGAAAUCUGCGCUCAUCGUACGAUUUCUUACAAAGCGCUUUAUUGGCGAAUAUGCAUCAUCAACAGAGUGCAUAUAUAGGAAGCGCUUGUCAAUUGAUGGACGGCAGCUGAAUCUUGAACUGUAUGAUCCAUGUUCACAGGCUUGUGAAGGAAAAUCUAACCUGAACGAGCAGAUGCACUGGGCCGAUGGCUUUGUGGUGGUCUAUGACAUCAGCGACAAGUCUUCGUUCCUCGCGGCGAAGGCCGCCCUCCAUCUCAUCCGGGAGCAACAUCUCGGGGUGGCCAAGAGGGAUGGAGACUCGGUGGUGUUUUUGGUGGGCAACAAGCAGGACCUGUGCCACAUGAGGGAGGUGGACCGCGAGGAGGGCCAGCGGCUGGCAGCUGAGGCCAGAUGCCACUUCUACGAGCUCUCUGCUGCAGAGCACUACCAGGAGGUGGCGCUCAUGUUCUCCAAGAUGGUGCGCAAUAUCAGCCUUAGCGGCAAGACCAAAGAUCGGCGUCGGCCUAGUGGCUCCAAGUCCAUGGCUAAGCUGAUCAACAACGUCUUUGGAAAGCGGCGGAAGUCGGUGUAGGAGGUUUCAUGUGAUGCUUAGUGAUGGACGCACAAGAGCCUCGUGAUCAUAACUGCAGCCGAGUUGUUUCUUUAUUGUUUUUGGAGCAAAUUUUGUCUUGUGAACCAUAAUCCUUCAAACAAUCAUACUGUAGCCGUAAUAUGUACAUUAUGUAAGGUAUCAAAAGUAACCUUUUGUUAAAGUGCUAUACAAAACAUUUACGUUUACAAUAGUAAAUGUAAACAGUAUUACAGUAUUUAUUUUCUUUGCUCUGACAUGUAGUCUUUCCCAAUUUAUACAUAAAUUUAGUUUCUUAAUCAUUAUACUGCUUGUUGCUAAAGAUUCUUUAAGCUUAAUGGACGUUAGAGUAAGGAUGGAACAGUUCUUGUAAAAAAAAAAAAAUGUGGUUUAACUGCUUUCCUGAUGUUAUGUUGUGCAUCAGGAAAUGUGGAUGAGUGUCAGAGUGCAACUCAUAUCUGUCAUUUGUAACAAUUCAUCUUAUCAUCUUAUCAAACAACUGUUCAUUUGAUCAUAUUGCCAUCUGUAUUAUCAAAAUAUGUAUUGUUCACUAUACAUAAAAGCAAAACAAUGAAAAUAUGAAUUUCUGAGAAAUACUCCUUUUGUAAAUAAAGUUACCAUAAA